AUGGCUGCUCCAGUGCUGAGCUGGCUGGUGAAUCGCUCCCUCCUCCUUCCCCUGGACUCUGCUCACCUGCUCACCCCCAAAGCCUCCUGCCUGCAGCUGGCUGCCGCCAGGAACAUCAACAUCAUCCUGCAGCACUACAACUUCUCGGGCAAGCUCAGCAAGCGGCACUCCGCCGACGAGGGCAUGGGGCCUCUCCACACGGCCUUCGCCAUCAUCAGCUGCCUCAUCAUCGUGGAGAACCUGCUGGUGCUGCUGGCCGUGCUGCGCUGCCUGCGGGGCCGCCGCUGGGUCUACUCCUGCAUCGCCAGCAUCACCCUCAGCGACCUCCUGGCGGGUAUCGCCUACCUGUGCAACCUCUGCCUGUCGGGCAGCAAGACCUUCCAGCUGUCCCCUCAGCUCUGGUUCCUGAGGGAGGGCAUCCUCUUCGUGGCUUUGGCGGCCUCCACCUUCAGCCUGCUGGUGACGGCGGUGGAGCGCUACGGCGCCAUGGUGAGGCCCAUCGCCGAGAGCGAGGCCAGCAAGACGCUGCGGCUGCGCGGCCUCAUCGCGGCCUGCUGGCUGCUGGCCCUCGCCAUCGGCCUGCUCCCCAUGCUGGGCUGGAACUGCCUCUGCGAUUUCCAGGCCUGCUCCGUGCUCCUGCCGCUCUACUCCAAGAAUUAUAUCCUGUUCUCCGUGGUGAUGUUCAGUGUUAUCCUCUUGGGGAUCAUCGGGAUCUACAUCUCCAUCUUCCUCCUGGUGCAGGCCAGCUCCAGGCAAAGCUGCUCCCGGCAUGGCCGCCGGCGCUCCCUGCGCUUGCUGAAGACGGUGCUGAUGAUCCUGGGGGCUUUCAUCAUGUGCUGGAGUCCUCUCUUUGUGCUGCUGCUCUUGGAUGUGUUCUGCGACACCGGGGCCUGCAGCCACCUGCACAGCCUGGACUGGACCCUGGCUCUGGCGCUGCUCAACUCGGGGGUCAAUCCCGUCAUUUACUCGCUGCGGAGCGUGGAGGUUCGCCGCGCCGUGGGCAGCCUGCUGUGCUGCUGCUGUGUCAGGGCUGGGCUCUGCAGGCCUGGCAGCUGCGUGGCCAUCUCGGACAUCAACUCUGGCUCCUCCACGGAGAGCUCCCUGCGCUGCCGGGACAGCUUCCGCAGCGCCGUGGCCCAGAACGCUCGGCCCAGGGCGCCUCUGUCCAGCAACUCCAGCAUGAUGAGCAAUCUGCCCAGCCUGUGA